AUGUCUCUCUCCCAAGAAGAUUUCCUAAGUUCCUUCCCACAACUAGUGGCUCCAUCCGAUACCACUGGCUAUCCAGGAAACCUCUCUGAUGAACAAACUGCCAAAUUGAACAUCUUUAGAAACCAACUAAAAGCUGAAAACUACACAAAGAGGCUCGAUGAUCCCACCCUAUUGAGAUUCCUCAGAGCAAGAAAAUUCGAUGUCCAGUUAUCCAAACAAAUGUUCAUAGCUUGUGAGGCUUGGAGAAAAGAAAAUGGUGUCGACACCAUCCUCUCUGAUUUUGUCUACACUGAAAAACCAAUAGUGGCCUCCUUUUAUCCUCAAUACUAUCACAAGGUUGAUAAAGAUGGCAGACCCAUUUACAUCGAAGAAUUAGGCUCCGUCAAUAUCACUGAAAUGUACAAAAUUACAACCCAAGAAAGAAUGAUCAAAAACUUGAUCUGGGAAUACGAAUCCUUUCAAAAAUAUCGUUUGCCUGCUUGUUCAAGAAGAUCUGGCUACUUGAUUGAAACCUCUUGCACAAUCAUGGACCUAAAGGGCAUCUCCAUUUCCUCUGCUUACCAAGUCUUAUCUUAUGUUAGAGAAGCCUCCAAAAUUGGUCAAGAUUACUAUCCUGAAACAAUGGGCAAAUUCUACUUGAUCAAUGCUCCCUUUGGUUUUGCUACUGUCUUUAAUAUAUUCAAACCCUUUUUAGACCCAGUAACCGUCAACAAAAUCUUUAUCUUGGGUAGAACCUACCAAACUGAAUUACUAAAACAAAUUCCAAUUGAAAACUUGCCUGAAAAAUUCGGCGGUAAAUCAACUGUUAGUGAUGCUGAGGGUGGUUUAUACAUGGCUGAUGUUGGUCCAUGGAGAGAUCCUCAAUUUAUUGGUCCCGAAGGUGAAGCUCCUCAUGCCUUCUCUUUAAAAUAA